AGCUACGGAGCAUCCUACGAUUUGGCAGCUCGACGCAAAAAUGCCACCAGGGAAUCAACGGCCACUUUGAAAGCUUGGUUAAAUGAACACAAGAAAAAUCCCUAUCCGACAAAGGGAGAAAAAAUAAUGUUAGCCAUUAUUACGAAAAUGACAUUGACUCAGGUAUCCACCUGGUUUGCGAAUGCUCGAAGACGACUGAAAAAGGAAAACAAAAUGACAUGGGAACCCAAGAAUCGUACCGAUGACGAUGAUGAUGGCAUCAAUUCGGAUGACGAUAAAGAUGACAAAGAUGAUGAGCCGGCUAAAGGGCAAUCAAUGCACUCGGGAAAUUCUCAAAUGGGUCAAUUGGCUGGUAGAAAGGAUCUCGACAAACACGAUUCCACAGAUGAAGAUCAUCAAAUGAAAUCCCUCAAUCAUCCUGGCGAUUUGCGUAUGGGUUUAAAUUUCCCCGGUUCUGGUUAUCCUGGUUCCAGUCAUCCGCAUAGCUAUCAUCCCUAUCAUCAACAUCCGGCCUACUAUCAACACCAACAGUCAAUGUUCUCUUCCAGCUAUCCACAUGCAAGCGGUGAGAGUUUGAUUGGCAAACACGAUGUUAACGAUCCAAAAAACCCCAUGAGCCGGGACUGUGGCGUACCAAUUCCAGCCAGCAAGCCGAAAAUCUGGAGUUUAGCCGACACAGUCGCCAGCAAAACACCACCACUACACUCGGCAGCCUACAUGAGUCAUCUGCAACAGCAGCAGAGGCAAAAUCUACAGCAGCAACAACAACAAAUGUCGCACCAGCAGCAGUCGCAUCCUAUGCAGCAGUUGCAGCAAAUGAGCAGUUUAAUACCGGCAGUUUCACAAAGUACCAACAACAACAGCAGCAAUAUGAUGAGUGGAAACUACAGCAUAAAUCCCUAUACACGGGGGCCCUCUACAGCUUACGAGAAUUUUCUAGGGGCUAUGGCUACCAACAAUAUGCCUCCUUACAACAACAGCAGCAACAACAUCAGCAAUACAACCAACAAUCACAACAGCAGCAGCCAAUCCACUUCCAACAACAAUCACAAUCACCACAGCAAUCCACAUCAGUCCAACUCUCAACAGCUUUCUCCCAACGCCCCGCCUACUACAACGCAAGUCCCAAACGUCCAUCAUACCCAACAACAGCAGCAACAACAACGAACACCCUCCACGACUCACCAGCGGGGGAUGGGGUUUCCCGAAGCCCAACCAGAUACUCCACCCCAAACUCCACCGAAUAUGAAAAUACCGAACGUUCAGUUGGCCACGAAUCUCUUGCUUACCGCUACUCAAGCCCAUAUGACCGCUACCUGCCACAACAUCAGCAGUAACCACCAUCCUCAGGGUAAUACCUAUGGCAACGGUUACAAUCGUUCCUAUGGCGACUAUUCACCAAGAGAUGAAAAUUCUGUUGGCAGUUCAUGCAGUUCCGGAUCGGCGUCCUCACAUGAUCCAGAACAAUUGGUAUACAAAUCGAUAUUUAAAAG